AUGUCUUGGUUAUUUGGAUAUAGUAGUCCACCCAAACCUCCGGCUGAUAUGCCUCCACCUUCAGAAGAUAAUACUCCUCAAAAUCUUACAAAAGCUGAGAAAAAGGCAAUGGAAGCAUACCGGUUUGAUUCAAGUGCAUUAGAAAGAGCCGCGCAAGCCGCUCGAGAACUAGAACGCUCAAGACAUUCAAAGGAUGCAUUAGAGCUUAGUAAACUUCAGGAAUCAACUCGACAGCAGGAACAAUUAGCUAAAAUUAAAGAGUAUGAAGCUGCAAUUGAGCAGGCCAAAGUGGAACAAAAAAGAAUUGACCAUGAAGAAAGACGAAAAACAUUACAGGAAGAAACAAAACAACACCAAGUCCGUGCUCAAUACCAAGACCAGUUGUCUAAGAAGCGUUAUGAGGAACAAUUGGCCCAGCAACAGAGAUCACAAGAGGAGAUCUUAAAAAAACAAGAAGAGAGUGUGGCGAAGCAAGAAGCCCUGCGUCGAGCGACGAUAGAGCACGAGAUGGAGUUGCGAGAAAAGAACAAGCUCAAGGCGAUAGAGGCAGAAGCGAGGGCUCGGGCCAAAGCAGACAGGGAGAACCGAGAUAUUACACUCGAGCAGAUCCGUCUCAAAGCUGCCGAAAACAGGACCACCAUAUUGGAGAGCAUACAGACGGCAGGCAGCGUGAUUGGAACGGGCGUGAGUGCGCUGCUAACCGAUUGGCAGCGGACUGCCACCGCCGUGGGUGGGUUAUCUCUUCUCGCCUUAGGAGUGUAUUCGGCGCGAGGAGCCACGUCCGUCGCAGCUCGGUUUAUCGAGUCUCGGAUAGGGAAGCCGACCUUAGUGCGAGAGACGUCGCGUCUGUCCCUCUUGGACGCCGCGAGGCAUCCGAUCCGCACUGCGGCGGCCGCGGUGGCCAAGUUCAGAGCGCCGGCCGACGCUUUGGCCGGCGUGGUCCUGGCCCCGAGUUUGGAGCGGCGGCUGAGAGACGUCGCCAUCGCCGCGAAAAACACUCGCCGCAACCGCGGCCUCUAUACCAAUCUGCUAAUGUACGGCCCGCCCGGAACCGGGAAGACGCUGUUCUCCAAGAAACUGGCGAAACAUUCCGGGAUGGAGUACGCCAUCAUGACCGGAGGAGACGUGGCUCCGAUGGGCAAAGACGCCGUGGCGGCCAUUCACAAAGUGUUCGACUGGGCCAACACCAGCCGGAAAGGCGUGCUUCUAUUCAUAGACGAGGCGGACGCGUUCCUACGGAAGCGUUCCUCGGAGGCCCUUUCCGAGGAACUGAGGGCCGCUCUGAACGCCUUCCUCUAUCGCACUUCGGCACAGAGCGGCCGAGUCAUGCUGGUCCUGGCUUCGAAUACGCCGCAUCACCUGGACUCGGCCGUACACGAUCGGAUCGACGCUCUACUGGAAUUCCCUCUACCGACAUCGGAAGAGAGACAGCGUCUGCUUCGCUUGUACUUCGAUGCCUAUAUACUGCAACCGGCCGCCGAUAAACACAGCCGCUUGAGCGUGGAUCGGUUCGAAUACGGCGAGCUGUGUGACGAAGUGGCGUCCCUCACGGGCGGUCUCUCCGGAAGGGCGUUGUCCAAACUGGGCGUGGCCUGGCAGGCGGCCGCUUACGCGUCGGAAGAUGGGCGACUGACGAGGAGCAUGUGCCUCGACAUUUGCCAUGGAGCAGUGCUGCAGUAUCGGCAGAAGAUGGAGUGGUUGUCGGCAGAAGAAAAAUCUCGCAGCAUGCUUCCGUACCUGAGGGAUUUGCCCCCUUUCGACCCCGCGGAGACGGAAGCCCCGGAGACGUCCGAAACCCUGACGGCUAAGGUACCCGAGGCCAAAAAAGUGGACCUCGAAAAGUGA